UUGUGUCGCUCUCGGCUAUUGGUGGUUCUGGCGGCAGCUGCCAUUGCAGUGUCCCGGCUGGUGUGAGUGGAGGUCGGAGGAUAGAGACUAUAAUCAUGGCGGGUCGCAGAGCUGCAACCAAGGCGAUCGACUGGUUGGCAUUUGCAGAAAGAGUUCCUCCAAAUCAAAAAGUUAUGUUUAAUGCACUGAAGACUCGCAGUGAUGCCGUGGCUGCAAAGUUGACCGCUCUCCCUGCCAAACCUCCAACAAUUGACUGGGCCUAUUACCGAACCACAAUUGCCAAGGCAGGCCUAGUGGAUGAGUUUGAAAAGAAGUUUAAUGCCCUUACCAUCCCAGAGCCUAAAGAUACCCAAACUGAAAAGAUAAAUGCACAGGAACAGGAAGUUAACAAAUCUGCUGUAGCCUUCAUUGAAGACUCUAAAGCCAGGGUGACCUCAUAUGAGAACGGGCUUGCAAAGUUUAAGGACAUGGUUCCGUUUGAUCAGAUGACCGUUGAAGAUGUAGUGGAAGCUUUCCCUGAAGCCAAGCUGGACAAAGUGAAAUAUCCCUACUGGCCAUACAAGCCCAUUAAUGAACUUUAAGAAGCACCAAUUUUAUCUGUCAAUAAAUCCUCUGUAAAGAUUG